CUUAAGAAUGUAUUUGAUUACGUCCCUUGGUUAUUUCUAUUUGAAUAUGUCUGAGCAGACCUGAGGACGGAUGUGAGGUAUCCAGUUUCAAUUUAUAAGUGAAAGAUGCUAAUGACGUUUCUCUUUCAAUGUUGUAUUAUUUCUCUGGUGAUAACAUCGGCAUUAGCUACAGGGACUAUUGCUCGCGUCCAAAGAUGUCCAACAAGAGCAGAACGCAGCAAAAUUCAUCCUCACCCAAAGUGUAAACCACCUGAAGUUUAUCAUUGUUUGAUAGACGAUGAAGACAAAUAUGUUGAAACAUGCAAUGAAUUUAUUCAACUGCCACCAGGUAAUUACCCACGGUACACAUCAUUUUCAGAAAGAAUAUACUAUGAUCCAUGUCCACAUUCAAGAUACCAACCCUGGCCCAUCAAAUCCUAUGAAAUAACGGAAUGUGAAGUUGUGAAGUCAUUGUGUACUGGGAUUGGACAAGUUGCAUGUUCUGAUGGAAGUAUUACAAACGAUGCUACGUGUAGCUGUGAUUACAAAAAUGGAUACGUAAUGACAGGGCCUGACAAAUGUUGUUCACCCGCAGGCGAUGAUGAUUGUUUCUGUAAAUAUCAACCAUGUCAAAGUGAUUUACAAGAACUCGACUCAGAUUUCAAGUGUGUGGAUAAGUGCAGUUCUGGUUUUUACAGACCUCUUGGACAAAAUAGUUGUGAAGACAUAGUAAAUUCAAGUUAUACAUCAGAAACAACAGCACCCACUGAUAUUACGACAAGUUCUACGUCAUUUUCCAUACGAGCGAAAGUCGGUCAAACGAGUUUAAGAACUUCUGUUUUACCAGUCAUUGUAGCAGGAUUUGUGGUUUGUCCAAUACUUUUGAUAGUCAUUUUUAUACGGGGCGGAGUUUUGAGGCCUUACAAAUAUCAGCUGAUACCGUUUCUGAUACUUUUUGCGUUGCUAUUUGCAAGUUUUAUCAUUGUCACUACUUUGGAAUAUGAUGUGUAUUCUAUACCAGUUAAAAUCGGUACUACAGUUUUAGUGGUUUCUGUAAUUCUAGGUACUGUAUUUGUGGUGUAUAUAUUUUCUACACAUGAAAUAGUACAGCCUCGACUUACCUAUGAUGAGUAUUAUGAGGUGCUGAUUUAUAGAUUACUUAAAGCUGCUUCCCAAGGCGACGUUAAAUCGUUGAAAAGAUUCGCUAAUCAAAGAUACAUUGAUAUGUACGAUACUGAUUACGACAACAGGAGUGCAUUGCAUUUAGCUGCAUGUCAGGGACAUUAUAAUGCCGUGGAUUACCUUUUAAAAAACAAUGCUGGCUAUCCGAAAGGAAUUGACAGGUGCAUCGGUUUUACAGCUGCUGAGGAUGCAGAGUGGCAUUUGAAUCGAGAGAAAGACAUAGAACGGAAACCUGAUUUUGAAAGAAUAAUUAAGGAUUUGAAAAACUGUAAAAGUUCACAGAAAAUUAAGCAUCACUUUAGAGACACUGUCGCUUUAAAAUUGAUCAAAGCUGCUGAAAAUGGAGAAGUUGAAGAUUUGAAAAGAUUGCAUAAUUUGGGCACGGACAUGAACUUAUCAGAUUCAGAUGGUCGAACAGCAUUACACGCCGCCACAGAAAAGAAGCAAGUAUCAGUGAUAGAUUUUCUAAUUCAUCAAUGCAAUGUUUCACCAUUUGUUAGAUGGAGGGACCAACGACCAGUUGAGCUAAUCAAAGUUGGGCAAGAAAACCAGAAUUUAAAAGAAAUGUUGAGUACAUAUAUGAAACAACAGUUAAAGGCAGAGUCAAUGGAAAAUCAUAAUGAAAGUGUAGACGAGGAUUUAGAGAUCGUUCGAAUCCUGAGCAGUGCAGCACGUGGAGACAUUCGUAGAAUGAGAGCCUUCAAAGCAGAACGUAUGACAGUUUCGGAUUAUGACAAAAGAACUGCGCUUCACAUAGCAGUCAGUAAUAACCAGGAACAUAUUGUUGAGUACCUACUGAAAGAUUGUGGACUAACAGAGGAAGUUCAAAAGGCUGAGGAUAGGUGGAAUAGAACACCGUUAAUGGUCGCUAAGGAAAAAGGAAGAGGCAAGAUAUUCAAACUUUUCCUGACUUAUUGUCCGAAUGUAACGAACACAGAGAAUGAUGAAUAUAAAACAUUUAGCUUAUUGAUGGCUGGUAACAACGGCGACGUAGAAACACUGAAAAGGUUAUAUGACAGUGGAGUGAGCAUGAAUAUGCAGGAUUAUGAUGGUAGAACAGCACUUCAUUUAGCUGUGGACGAGUGGAAGGAAGAUGCCAUGAUCUUUUUGAUUGCUAAAUGCAACUGCAACAGGAAUAUACCAGAUCGAUAUGGCCAUACGGCAGAUAGUAGUAUGAUUAAAGAUCAGAAACGUCUGAAAAUAUUUGAAGAAAAGUACAAGAAAAUUGAUGGGGAGCAAACAACUGUGAAACGCCAGGUUUCUGAUGAAGAUAAAUCAAACGAUGCAGAAAGAUAUGAACAUGGAGCAGAUAUGGAUCAGACACGUCUGAAAGAAAGGUUCACGGAAAGGGACGAGGAGCAAACAACAGUGAAACGCUUGUGUUCUGACGAAGAUAAAACAGAUAAUGUAAAAAGAAAUAAAAGCAGAGUACAAUUUAUGACCCGAAUACUAUUGUCAUCAAAGAGUAAAUCAACUAAAAGUUUUACUCCAAAAGUAAAGCAACAAGUGGCACCGCCACAGGUAACAGACCGGUCAAAUUUGUACUUAUUAUUUGAGGCGGCAGCAAUAGGUGAUGUGGAAACUAUUAAAAAAUCUGAGUAUCCGUAUUUUGAUGUAGGGGAUUACAUGAAGAAUACACCCCUACACGUAGCAGCUUCUGCAGGGCAUUUAGAUGUUGUGAAGUAUCUAGUGGAAGAAUGCAAAGUUUCACCAUUUAUAAGAGACAAUGCGAUGAAAAGACCUCUUGAAGUGGUUAAUGAUCAAGUAGAAUUAUUGGUUUCACAUGCUGCAACUAACGAAAACCUUGACCAAAGGCAACGUUUCACUGGUGUUCGAAACUAUUUGACUGAUAAAAUGGAAGAUAUGUUAAGAUCUGAAGAUACGGAUGAAAACACCGCAUUCACAAAAUACGAACAGAAUGUUCGAAUUUUCAUGCUUUUGAAUAAAACCUACAAGGGGGAUAUACGAUCUGUUAGAGGAUAUAUCGACAGUGAUCAAUCUAUAAUAAACAAAACAGAUUAUGAUAAAAGAACUGCAUUACAUAUAGCUGUUGCAGAAAACCAUGAACACCUGGUUCGAUACUUUCUGGUGGAACUAAAAGACAUAAUCGAUACUAAUAUCGUUGACAGAUGGAACAACACUGCAUUGACAGAUGCUGAGGAAAAUCAGUACCUGAACAUUUUGGAGAUCUUCAAUGGAUACAUUACUUGAUUAAUACUGCAUGAAUGAUGACACUUUUAACUUUAAAGAAGUUUGAAACUUGGCGUCUGGAUUAUGAUAACCUUAGUUGCAGAGACAUGUUAAUCCUCUUCCAGUUCUACUUUUAAUCUGUAGAAAAAAAACACAGAAAGCUAGUACUUUCACAGUCUAAAGGAACUUGUGAGAUCUGACAAAUGGACAGAUAUGCUUGACUAGCUAUAGAAUUGUAAAUUUUUCUGAAAGGGCACAUUCAUAUUUUUGUAUAAAUUGUUUGUGAAUGCAUAUGCAGACUGGAGUAGAUGAAAUGACAAAACCAAACCUGUUGUUAAGAUUCAAACGCUACAACAAGACUCAUUGUAUGUGCUUUGUUAACUGUCGAAGGACGUACAGUGACCUAUAGGUGUUAAUUCUGUGUCAUUGGGUCUCUUGUGGAGAGUUGUCUUAUUGGUAAUCAUACAAAAUCUUCUGUUUUGUAUCAACACAACAUGAUUGUAAUGAUAAUAUUCUAAUAUGACAGCGAAAACAAAUAUAAAUGAUCGAAACAUUGAUUUAUAUUUUGACAGCAGGAGAUGCUGUUGGUGGUUAUGAAUUGAUAACAUAUGAUUAUACCAAUGUUUCUCGUUCAGCUUCAUUUAAGUAUUAUGUCGUCUCAGUUAAGCAUGUUAUAACUUUAUGUUAAUAUGCUGCUCCUAUAAUAUUUUGAAUUUAACCCUGUAAUAUGAUGUAGAGAUGUAUCCAUUUAUUUAAGGCAUUUAGUUGUACAUUUGAAAUGUAGCUGAUUUAUUACUGGAACUUUUUUCAUUAUUGCAACUGUCCAUGAUCUGCAAAUUCGGUUUUUAUUUUGUAGUUCUAUAAACGUAAUAAAUAUUGAAUUUACGUCAUCCAACUAAUAGCAUUAUGGUUUGGUGAAACUUUACCCAAACAAGAGAUAAGUACACCUGUUCAUUUAAUGUUUUAAAUGGCAAUAUAACUCAAAUUGAGUAGUUUGUCGAUAAGUUUGUUUCAAACCGGCGCAUUAAGCUAAUUUAAGCAUUUAGUUGUAUAUAUGGAAUAUGGUUGAUUUAGUACUAUUCUUGAACUAUCGAUAAUAUAAUGCAAAAAAACUGCCCAUUACCUGCAAGCUGACUGUAUUGUUUGACUUUUUUUUAGAUUUGAGUUCACUGUUUAUUUUUAAAAGUAUUCCGUACUUUAACCUAUAAUGGUUUACUUUUUAAAUUGUUAUUCGGAUGGAGAGUUGUCUCAUUGGCACUCACACCACAUCUUCCUAUAUCUAUUGUAGAACUAUAGAAUAAAAUCACAAAAUACUGAACAUGGUAUUUAUCCGUCUGUUAGGUCGUUCAUCGUCAGUCCAUCCGCCUAUCAUGCCAUCAUUCAUUUUCUUUUCUGAAAACUUUAUAUCGGAUUUCAACGUUCCUCGUGUAUGUGAUUCUACAUGCCCUUAUAAAUGGGAGGAAAGUUUAUCUCGAUUGUUAAUCUAUGUCAAAAUUCAAAUUGAUACUUUGUAAAAAAAUAAAUACUGAAUUGUGUGCAUAAUAGGGGAUUCCCCAUGCCGAAAAUUACUACAUAAUUAUAUGAUUGAAACUUUACUUGUAUAUAUGGUCACAUAUGAUGAGAUAAGAAAAACAGCACCACAAAGGUAAAAGUCAUUCGAGCUAUUUUUUCACUCAUUCCAUUGACAAAUGCGCUUGAUUGUGUGAGAUUUAAUGGAUUUCCCCUUUUUGAUUAUACCUGGAAGUUCAGUUCUUAUUUUUAAAUUUAUAAAUUAAAAACAGGUAGACUGCAACUUGUGCACGAAAACGUUAGAUAAGCAGGAAAAAAACCCAUUCAAAACUGUUCUCUUUUGAAUGAAGGUGCUGUAGGGUAUGUGGCGUUUUUAUGUCCAAUAACGUCAUUCAACUUUUCACACGCAUGUGUAGGUACUUCCUUGGUUUUCAAUUUAAUUGGUUUGAGUGUUCUUGAUGAAGGUCGUUUCUACAAAGUUACUUCGGAAACACACCAUUUAUAUAGUUUUGCUUUCAAUAAAUUAUUCUUUAAUUAAAGUAAAAACCGACUAGAUUCAGUGUAGUAUUAAAUGGUUACAACAUUUUUACAUGUUCUCCUCUUGAACUAGCUUGUCAAAAUAUAGUAUUCGAGUUAACGUCUCAAAAACUUAAACGGUAAGAAAAAAACCUUUGUGUGCCUGAAAUAUUUAGUAAUAGUCACAUUUAACUCUAAAACUAAAG